AUGCCCGCAGAUGUCAACGACGCUGAUAUUACGCAAGAGGGGAUCUCGCGGCCAUCUAGUGCACCCACACAGAUGUCCGUGAUGAUGUUCAAAGUUCGGCUUUUCCGGAUCUCCACCCAGAUCUGCCACCACAUAUCUGGUCCCUCGCGACUUGAGGUAGAGCCAUUGAAUGAAUUUGAUGCAACAAUCGCCGAGGAACAACAGAGAUGGGACUCGACGUAUCUAGUGGAUGGUGCCCCAAACAUAUUGGACUCCAGUUACGCAUAUUGGUGCAUUCUACAAACCUACGCACAUCAACUUUACCUUCUUCUACAUCGUCCUUUUCGUCAUUCUCGGUCACCGCACUUCCUUCCCACAUCCAGAGAGAGGUGUAUCGCUUCUAGUGCCGCCUUAAUGGGCAUCCAUCGUCAGAUCUACGAAGUUCCACUGCUUCGACCCUAUCUCUGGUUACUUAGAGGUGUUACAAGCUUAAAGGCACUUCAUGCUGCAGUGGCUCUUAACUCGUGCCUUUUAGAUAUGCCGCCGUCUUUCGAGUCAGGCUUGUACCGGGAAGAGUUGAACAAGCUCGUGCUUCGAAUGGAGAAUCUUUCUCGCCGAAGCGCAAUAUGUUUGAAGGCGCAUCGCAUACUUCUUCAAUUACAAACUCAGUUCGGCGCGGAAAACCAGCAACUACCGAAUUCGGGAACUCGGUGCGAGAGCACUAUUGAAGACUGGAGUGAUAUGCGGGAAUGGUUUGGGGCGGAUCUUUUCAACUGGAACUUGGAUAACGUUGGCAAUAUUCCCGCAGUUUGA